GGGAACUUCCGUUUAUCUGCGAGGUCGGAGAAGGCUGGCUGCGUUCAGUGGUGCUGUUGAAAAACACGAUGAAAAUGGCGUGGCAACCGCAAGAGGAAGGACUUAGACAAAUCUUAACGCUUCUCAAGGAGUCCCAAAGCCCGGAUACGGCUACUCAACGAGCCGUGCAAGAAAAAUUGGAAGAAUUAAAUAAAUUUCCAGAUUUCAACAAUUACCUUAUCUUUGUUUUAACAAAACUCACAUCAGAGGAUGAACCUACGAGGUCUCUCAGUGGACUGAUAUUGAAAAAUAACGUGAAAGCUCAUUUUCAUAAAUUUUUACCAGAAGUUACAAGUUUUAUUAAGCAAGAAUGUUUAUCCGCAGUUGGAGAUCCAUCACCUCUAAUUCGUGCAACUGUUGGUAUUUUAAUAACUACUGUUGCAUCCAAAGGUGAACUGACUACAUGGCCAGAAUUGUUACCUGCACUUUGUCAAAUGUUGGAUUCUGAAGAUUACAAUGUUUGUGAAGGUGCAUUUGGCGCUCUUCAAAAGAUUUGUGAAGAUUCUGCAGAAAUAUUAGAUUCGGAUGCACUUAAUCGACCUUUGAACGUUUUAAUUCCAAAGUUCCUGCAAUUUUUCAGACAUUUAAGUCCCAAAAUCAGAUCACAUGCUAUUGCCUGUGUUAAUCAAUUUAUUGUUAGUCGUACACAGGCUCUUAUGAUUCAUAUAGAUAGCUUCCUGGAGAACCUCUUCCACUUAGCUAGUGAUAAUGAUCCAGAAGUCAGGAAAAAUGUUUGCAGAGCAUUGGUUAUGUUACUUGAAGUUCGGAUGGAUAGAUUGAUACCACAUAUGCACAAUAUAAUAGAAUACAUGUUAAUGAGAACUCAAGAUCCUGAUGAAGGAGUUGCUUUAGAAGCUUGCGAAUUUUGGCUCUCCUUAGCAGAACAACCAAUUUGUAAAGAAGCACUUGCACCACAUUUACCACGUUUGGUACCCAUAUUGGUAAGAGGAAUGAAGUAUUCUGAAAUAGAUAUAAUACUCUUAAAAGGAGACGUAGAAGAAGACGAAAUGAUCCCAGACAGAGAAGAAGAUAUCAGACCAAGAUUUCCCAAAUCAAAGACACAUCAUUCGCAUCAUGCUAAUAUGAACAAACAUACAAACGAAAACGGAGGUUGUGACGAAGAGAACAUAAGCACUGAAGAUGGAUGCGACGAUGAUACAUCGCUCAGUGAUUGGAAUUUAAGAAAAUGUUCGGCUGCUGCAUUGGACAUGUUAGCGAACGUUUUCAGAGAAGAAUUGUUACCGGUAUUAGUACCCAUUUUAAAAGAAACUCUUUUCCAUCAAGAUUGGGAAAUCAAAGAGUCUGGAAUAUUAGCACUGGGAGCUAUAGCAGAAGGUUGUAUGAGUGGAAUGAUUCCACAUUUAUCAGAAUUAAUACCUUAUUUAAUUAAUUGCUUGAGUGAUAAGAAAGCUUUAGUACGAGCUAUUACUUGUUGGACGCUAAGUCGUUACGCGCAUUGGGUUUGUGCGCAACCACACGACACACAUUUGAAACCUUUAAUGACAGAAUUACUCAAAAGAGUACUUGAUGGCAAUAAACGCGUUCAAGAAGCUGCAUGCUCUGCUUUUGCCACAUUAGAAGAAGAAGCGUGCACAGAAUUAGUCCCAUAUCUUGGAUUUAUUCUUCAAACACUUGUGUUUGCCUUCGGUAAAUAUCAACACAAAAAUCUUUUAAUAUUAUAUGACGCAAUUGGUACACUUGCUGAUUCAGUGGGACAUCAUCUUAAUAAGCCGGAUUACAUUAACCUUUUAAUGCCGCCACUUAUCAACAAAUGGAAUGUGUUGAAAGACGAAGACAAAGACCUUUUCCCAUUACUAGAAUGUCUUUCUUCGAUCGCAACUGCAUUGCGUUCUGGUUUUCUUCCUUAUUGCGAACCCGUGUACAGGCGGUGUGUAUCCCUCGUAGAGCAGACUCUAAAUCAACACAUAGCAAAUACCCAGAGUCCAGAACAAUUUGAGGCACCUGAUAAAGAUUUUAUGAUUGUUGCAUUAGACCUUCUUAGCGGCUUGGCUGAAGGGUUGGACGGCCACAUGGAACGCUUAGUAAUGAACAGCAAUGUAAUGCAGCUGUUGUAUCAGUGUAUGCAAGAUGUUACGCCCGAAGUUAGACAGAGCAGCUUUGCCUUGUUGGGAGAUCUUACAAAGGCCUGCUUCCAACAUGUUCUCCCAUGUAUACCGGAGUUCAUGCCUAUACUUGGACAGAAUUUAAACCCAGAGUUCAUAUCAGUGUGCAACAAUGCCACAUGGGCUAUAGGCGAAAUAGCAAUAAAAUUGGGAUCUGACACAAGUGCAUAUAUUCCAUUAAUUUUGACACAACUUAUCGACAUAAUCAAUAGACCGAACACGCCAAAAACAUUGUUAGAAAAUACAGCCAUAACGAUCGGUCGCCUAGGUUAUGUGUGUCCCCACGACGUCGCCCCCAUGUUACAGCAGUUUGUCCGACAGUGGUGUACUUCGUUGAGAAGCAUAAGAGACAACGAAGAAAAGGACUCGGCAUUCAGAGGUAUGUGUCAAAUGAUUACAGUUAAUCCAGGAGGAGUUGUGCAAGAUUUCAUCUUCUUCUGCGAUGCUGUCGCAUCCUGGGCUACACCUAGAGAAGAUCUUAAAGACAUGUUCCAGAAGAUAUUACAUGGAUUUAAAAAUCAAGUUGGUGCGGAAAACUGGAAACGUUUUUCAGAUCAGUUUCCACCACAGCUGAGUGAACGACUCCAUAAUAUGUAUGGUGUCUGAGCAGCCCCGCCUAAAUGCGAACGCGAAACGAGAUACGAGAACCAAGUAUAAAGAGAAGAAAAAGCAAAUAGCUCAACGUUAAGAUGAUGGAACUAAAAUGGAUCCGUCGUUGAGUCACUGUUGUCAAUCAAACUUCGAAGUUUAUUAAUAAAAACAAAAAAAAUAGGAAAGAAAAGAAAAAUAAAGAAAAAAAAAGAGAAACAAAAUGAACUGGCAGAAUGGACUAGCGCAGGCGAGAUCAAAAAAAGAAAAUUAAAAGCUCAAUAAUGGUUUGUUGUAAAUUUUAUUAUUUUCUUGUUUUCUUUUCCAAAACGCAAUGUACAUGAAGACUAUUUUUUUAUCAUUACCAAUAGACAAAGCGAAACUACUAUCAUUUCACCGUUAGACUUCUAUUUUCGAACGAAAGCAUAAUUCGUGUAAUCUUCUCGUAGAAGAUAGAAGGAAAAUCAGAUUCGCGCGCAGAGAACAGAAAGAUACAUGUGACAUUCGUGACCGCUCCUUUGACUCGAUCCAUGUUUGUCAAUUGGCAACAAUCGUGUUGCCACAACACUCUUGAUCCCAAUUUUUGGUCCUUUCCUUGCUCUGCCUGCGCCAUUUUUGUGAUAUUACUAUUUUUUAUAAUUACUUAAGGGCUUUGAAAAAAAAGAGUAGUAAUAGAAACGAGCCAUGUGCGAUUACUCGACUCGAAUCCAUUCAGUUUUCUUUUUAUAAUUGUUAUGUAUCACACACCGAUAUAUAAUCUUCUUUUUCUGUUCACCACAGAAUUGACUAGUAUUUAAACAAUAUAUAAUUCACACACGAGAUAUAUUUUUACAUCUUGUAUUUUUUAAAUAGUUCCUAAGCAGAAUGUUUUCAAUAAUAUACACAUAUGAAUAAUUGUAUGGUUCUCGACGAGACAUGGCGUGGUUGAAAAUUUUGAUCUUACAAGGGAUGCUCGAGACGUGAAAAACCAGCAUUUGUUCUAAAAAUUAGAAUCUGAAGGUCACGUUUAAAGCAUCCCUUGACAGUGCUUUACACGCUACAUUUCGACGAGGACAAUAGACACCUUUCUCAGGUUCACUAUCCUAGUUCAAUUUUAUACUAUACGGGAUUUCCGAGGAAUGUUUGAUACUUGUGUCUCGCUGUAAAUAUACAGAAAUUCAGAAGGAAUGAUUUCUGUCGAGAUAUCCACGUGGCUCGCUAUUAUUUAUUGAAAUGCUCUGAGCUCUCACUCAAGAAUUAAGAGGCAAAUAAAUUUAUAAAUGAAUGUAAACAGGAAAAGGGAGAGAUGUGUGAAGUUGUGAAAGAAGAGGAAAUUGUCUAUUUAUACAUAUUAUUAUUAUUAUUAUUAUUAUUGCUAUUAUUAUUAUUAUUAUUAUUAUUAUUAUUAUUAUUAUUAUUAUUAUUAUUAUGAACAGAGAUGAAACGAAGUUGAAUCGAUAUUUGACAAAUAUCCAAAUUUUUUCUAUUUGAAAAGAGAGAGAGGUGAAGUGUGUAUGGGAGAAUAUACAGAAUGAUUGCUGAAGAACACGACGUGACGAAAACAAAAUGAUAAGUGAAUUAAAGGGAAUAACAGGACACAAGUAAAUAUAUUGUUGUAUCUUUUAUUGUUGUUGUUGCAUGAGACUAGCGUAAUAGACUGAGCCAUACACGUGGUUAAAAUAACUAUUAACGUAAUACUUCUUAAUUAAUACUAUAUACAUAUAUACAUAUAUAUAUAUAUCUAUAUAUAUAUAUUAUUGUAAUUAUACGGUGUGUAUUAUAUUUAAUCGUAACGUUUCGUGCGGGCAGUGUUUGGAAGGAGUUCCUGUCCUUUGGUGUUCAAUCAAGCUUUUUCCUCGUUCUAACUUCUUUCAUGUACAUUUCUAAUAUUCUCUACAACAGUGAUGGACAACUACGUACACAGCCAUUUGUCAGAAAUCCCUAGACUCUUCUGAUCCUCUCUCAAAGUUUUCCCUAAGUUCUACUCCUCUCAGGUUUCUAACUCCUCGGUUGACGUAGCUGGCCAUCCCUGAGCCAUUAUGCUUAAUUUUUUCAAAUAAAAAAGAGAGCAAGUUUUAAAAACUAAUGGUCGAAACAAAGAGAAUGGUACAGUUUUUGUCGACGAAUUUUAUGUUAUUCUGAUUGUAACGUACAUGUAUGUUUGUGUUUAUGUGUGUGCAUGUGUGAAGCGUAUGUAUAUUCGUUCCAAUCGAGAAGCGCGUUAUAAUCAGAAAUAUCUUCUUAAGUUAAUUAUUAUUUAAUAAAUCAAGUCGAAUAGGCAUGGAGAAAGAGAUUAGUUUUCUCGAUUGGAAACAAAACGAAGUUAAUCCUUUUUUCUCGCUCAAAGGAUCGGAACUUCACGGGACUGUUCCUAGUACCUGAUUAUCCUAUCCUUGCGGCACGAAGAUUCUUUUGUUCCAACGAUCAACCGGAGAAUCGGACUUCUCUGUUCUCUCGCGCCUCGCAAACGCCAGCGAAAUUCCUCUGUCCAGUGUUCAAGCUUGGUAUAGAGAAAAUGAAACGUAAA